AAAUAAAGAUCGCAAGAUAAAAAUAAAGUCUUGAGCAAAAAAAAAAAAAUUUUGCAAACAGAAAUAAAGAAUUGCAAAAAAUAAAUGACAGUUGUAAAAGAAGCUAAUGAACUGUGAUUCUAUUUUAUCUCUGCAACACAUAUUUUUCAUGCUCACUCCUACUAAUUCAUUUGCAAAGCUCCAUUUAUUUUGCGUUUCAGUCAAGCGUGAGCUCGCGAUACCGUUUUCCCUUUGCGCUUCACUUUUCUGUGCGUUUCACUUCAUGGCACUGUUUUGACGUGGGGGUGGAGUCAAGAAACUGGGGCGUGUUCAGCGGGCCUGGACACGCCCCCACCCCCCGCGAAGCUACGUCAUUAUCUGGAGACGUAGAUUCGCAACAGGUUCGAAAGUCAACAUGGCAGAGUGCAGGCCCGCGGGUGGAUUCCAGGUCAGUGGGCAAAAUGAUGACACCAGGGUUGAAUUGGGGCGUAUGGUGAUGGAGAGACUCCUCUCCAAACUGCAGUAUGCAUUGAGUCGGCAGCCACUUGACUUGGAUUACUGGCAAUUUAUUUGCAGUCAUGAACUUAUUUUCAUCACAUCCAUUCUUAAUCAAAUUACUUUCCCACAUGAAGUACUUAAUGAACUAUCCAACUUAAAAAAUACAGUGGAGAGGCAAAUUGAAAACAACUGUGCACCCAUAACUGCCCUAGAAGUGCAAUAUGGAAUGAAGGGACCUCCAAAGUUUCUUAUUUCUAGAGAAUAUCUCCAGAAUCUUGUGAGCAUGCAGCUGUCUAUUCCCUGCAUUGCUCAGCUUCUUGGUGUGUCAACCAGUACUAUUAAUCGCCGUCUCAAUGAGUAUGGUAUUUCUAUAAGAGAUACAUACACAACGAUAACAGAUGAGGAACUUGACAACCUUGUCAGCUCAGUAAAGGCUGAAAGUCCACAUCUUGGCCACAGAAUGAUGAAAGGACGGUUGCAAGCUCUGGGUCACCGUUUGCCAUGGACAAGGGUGUGGGAUUCCAUGCAUAGAGUGGACUCUGCUGGAAUACUUUCAAGAAUGACGCAGCUGAGAUGUGUCAUCAGAAGAACUUAUUCCGUCCAGGGCCCACUCCAUCUUGUUCACAUAGACACCAAUCACAAGCUCAUAAGAUAUGGGCUUGUGAUAUUUGGUGCCAUUGAUGGGUACUCCAGGAAGAUCAUGUACCUUGGAGCUGCUACAGAUAACAAAGCAUCAACUGCCUUUGGAUUUUUCCAUCAGUCAGUGGAGAGAAAUGGAUUUCCGUUAAGAGUUCGAGGAGACCAAGGAGUAGAAAAUGUGGAGAUCGCUAGAUGCAUGUUUUCUGUGCGAGGCUGCGGAAGGGGAAGUUUCAUGUCAGGAAAAAGUGUGCAUAACCAGCGUAUUGAACGCCUUUGGCGCGACAUAUGGAUGGCUGUAACCAACAUCUUCUAUGAUGUUUUACACACUCUCGAGGAGGAAGGGUUACUAGAUCCAUCCAACAGCCUCCACAUGUUUUGUUGCCAUUAUGUGUUUCUGCCGCGCCUCCAGGCCAGCCUUGAUUCCUUUACUUGUGGAUGGAAUAACCAUCCUCUCCGCACAGAGGGCAAUCGAAGCCCCAACCAAAUGUGGGAAAUCGGGCUGAUUCAAAACCCAGUCCCAGAUCCUCCAGAAUCUGAGAAUUCUCAAGAUGAAGACUCUGACUGGGACAUGACCAGAAUCCCUGACCAGCCAUCUAUAGGAAUUGUAGUUCCUCCAGUAGAUUACACAUUAACUGAGGAACUGAAUGCCCAGCUGCAAGCUGUUGUUGACCCAGCCUCACAAUCUCAAAACUUUGGCAGGGACAAAUAUUUAGCAGCAUUACAUUUUGUGAUCCUUCAUUCUUAAAUGAGUGAAAUGUUUACAAUGUAUUCCCAACAUAUUCAGAACAAAACUAGAUAUAGUACAAAAUGAAACUUUUG